GACGUCCUGAUUCUUAUGUUGCUGAGGCAGAACAUCCAUACAAAUCUUCCAAAGUAGAGACCCGAUGGCAGUGGAAUAGAGAUGCACAGAAUCUACCAAGUCAUAUGCCCUUGCAUUCAUUCACUGAAGGUUUUCUGUUAACGCAUUGACCUGGCUUGUGAUGGAGGACUUGUACCUUAAAACCAAGUUUGCUGAAGGCAGAAUGCAUUACUAGUCUGAUUUUUUUUUUUUUUUGGCGUUUGCAUUCAAGAACCAUACAAUAGUAAAAAAACAUAAGCAAUCCUGAGCUUUUAAUGUGCGAAUUUUCAAAUUAGGGUGUAAAAUUUGUUGCAUAUUUAAUGAGAGUUAAAAUUGUGACGAGAAGUUAAAUAUAUUAUGAAUUUUGUGGAUUGAUAUAAUAGCAAAUAGCUCAAAUUAUAGAUAUAGGACUGCCCCCCUCUUUAAAACCAUAACCUGGAAUGCUCGUCCCAGAAUGUGGUACGUCAGCAUUCUGGAUCAUUAAAACUGGCAUUCCAGUUCUUUUUUCCAAUUUCAUUCAGCAAGUAUGUUUAAUGCUAGUCAGAAAGGGUGAAAGGAUAAUGAAGUUUUGAUAAGGGAAAUGACAGGAAAAGCCUAAAAACACCCCAAAAAAAAAAAAAAAGAGAUAGAAUGUACUCUGAUUAAAUUAAAUUUAGGUGAGAUUUGGUGAGAUUUAUUGAUUAUUUAUUAUUUAUUAUGGGGAAGGGGGUAGGUGGUGCUACUGCUUGUGGCUGUUUCUACUAUAAUUUUUUGAAAGUAAAUGCUAGAUUUUAUCAAAAAGAAAUUGAUUAAUUUAUUGGGUUGGGGGCCAAUUAAUAUAUUUACAAAUUUGUUAAAAGUUUAAAAUAAUUAGAAAAUUUUUAGUUGCCUAAUUUGUUGACUUUAUAUCCCAGAGUCUAAAUAAAACUUUUUUUAGUCUUUUUUAUUAAAAUUAAUUAUGUGAAAUGUAUUCAUAAUUUUUUUAACGAAAAAAUGAAAGGAAAUUAUUAUUUGAUUCGGUGUUUUUAGACUUGGUGAUUAGACUAGUUAAGUGUAAUUCACGUAACGCAUUUCGAAUUGAUAUAAUUAAUGUACGGCAUUCGGAAUUGGUGUAUUAACUAAGCAUACUCCUUAUGCAUCCUAUAUCUAGCAAAGUGGCAUUCUGUGUACUUGUACCCAUACCCAUACGACAGCCCAAGAUUUACAGUUUUCUAGGUCAAGGGAGAAAUAGUGCAAGAUCUUUUUACCAGGGUCAGGCACCUGGACCUAAACUAGGAUCAGAAAAUCCAGCCAAGGACGGUAGUACCCAGCCUUAUGAACAAGAUAUGGAGAUCGGCUAUGAGGACAGCACAUUACCACCGACUUUUGAAGGUCUUGAACAGAAGUUCCUUGAUGAAAUAACGAGAUUGGGACAGGAACAAAUUGAUGCAGAAGAUGCAGAAAAUACUAGGCAUAGGGAGAAAAUAAUUGAGAUCAAUUAUUGGUACCAGGACAAACUAUCAGAACUACGCACUCAACAAGCAAAUCAAAGAAAAGUAUUUCUUCGAAAGGAAUCACAGGCACGAUUGAAUCAGUAUCAGCAAGCCGGAAUGAGCCACUUCUCAAACACGGGCGUUGGCAGCAAUAGUGGUGCGCCAGCUACAGGUUCUACAAACGUACGUCGAGCUUACACAACUAAUCAGUUUGGAUCAUACAGGGCCCCACCUCAGUUUGUUGGGCGUAGAAGGAAUCCAGGAACUAAAAGAAGGGUUCCAUACCGUAAGGGCCGUGUUUACAACAAUGCUGGAGCUCAUUAUCGCUAGUGAUGUAGCUUGAAACCCAUAGCUAGGUUGGUCACAUCUUUAACCUGAAAUUAUUCUAGUUGUGGUAUUUCUCCUGUUAUUAUUAUUAUUAUUAUUA